GAGGGCGAGAACAUUGCUACUCUUUGAAAGUGAACCCCAAGCAACGCCAGCCUCCUUGUUGAAACAGCUGUUCGUGGCUGAUGCGCUUAAGCAGACGACUGGACAGCCGUGGGCAGCUCGCGUACGAACGGCACUGCGGAGCCUGUGUCUGGAGCGCUGCAUGAAAAAUAUUCGCGGAACAUGGCGUCGACGUCUGGGUGUAGCGCCGGCCGCUUCACGUACACGCUAAACGGCUUCGGCCGCGACUUGGACCGGCGUCCCAUUGUCUUCCUCGAGCCGUUCUCGGCAUCUCGCGUGUGCAGCCUGUGUGCCGUGGUGCCAGAGCAGACGGCGCUGCUGCCGUGUCGGGACGUGGUCUGCCGUACGUGCUACGAUAGAUGCCGCGAGAUGGACGUCGGCGCCUGCCCGCUCCACACUUCCAUGCGGAUCAACCCCGACGACAUCGAGUGGAGGGUCCUCCCGCUUUCCGACGUGUCCAAGCGAAAGGCCCGGUGCUGGAACGCCAAGAACGGCUGCCCCGUGGUGACCGAGGCAUGGGACAUGGCCGAGCACUGCUACGGCGGCUGCCAGUACUACAACGUCGCCUGCACGCGGUGCCAGAAGAAAGUACUGCAGAAGGACGUCGUGCAACACUUGAGGGACGGCUGCAGUUCCAACAUACUCCGGCAGACUCUGGACACCGCGCCAGACGACGAGCCACACGACGAAGCAGACGACAGCUUCGAAGAAGCCCGUGGUGCAUGGCUAAACGGCAACUGUGAUGACGUCACUUCCGCCAUGCCUGAGCUUUUGCGGACGCUCCGAAGGCUACUCAACGAGAACGCCUCGCUGCGAGACGAGAUCCGCUCCGUUCAGGAACACGUGACUCACGAGCGCAAGCACUGCCAAGCGGUGCUCACGCAGUGCCUGGAAGGCGUGAAGCUGGAAACUCUGAGUGCCAUGAAGGACUACGCGACCGAAGCCAACAAUUGGCACAACGACACCUACUACCGCAUCAGAGAGGACAUGGGCAAAAUGUCGCUGGACCUGGGGCAGCAGUUGGACUUUAUUGCAAAAGAGAACGUUGAGUACCAUGACCGACUUAAAGAGCACGUGGCCAUGGAGUCUGCGAGAUUAUUGAAGGUUGCCACGAAGACGUUGCAAUUCGCGUCGAGCGUUCCCAACUUCCAGGAGUGGGUGGUGCGCGGAUGGGCCGCUUUUAAGGGCAUGGCGACGGCGCAUGGUAAAGCCUGGAGCUACAGCGAACCGCGGUACUUUCUGGGCUACCAGCUGUUGCCGGCACUCCUGGUCAGCAGAGAAGGCGAGGACAAUGGGUUGAAAGUUCAUGCGGGUCUAGAACUCAAGGAAGGAACCAACGACGCUCAUCUCGAGUGGCCGUUUCGCAGGAGUUGCAGGAUCACUUUUAUCCAUCCAUGGGAAAAAUCUCGGGUGCGCUCCUUGACGCUGACGCCCGAUCUGGAAGCGUUCGCCUCGAAGCUCGCCAGGCCUGACGCAGGGGUGCCUGGGGGACCGCUCUACUCGCUGGGGAACUUUUGCCACGCGCAUGAUCUCGAAAACGAGGGCUAUGUCAGCGCGGACGAAAUUCGCGUCCGGUUCGAGGUUAUAUUCUGAGCGAAGGCGACUACGGACGGUCAGGAGAAUGCAGUGCCAGGAGCACAUGCACGGCCCCGAGGCCAAAGCUCGAAACGUUUCAGGAACUGAUUGUUUGUGUGCCGCUGUGCAUAAUUGUCUGCAAGUGAUUGCUCUCGAAUCACUCGCUCGGUAAGCUGCGGCUUGUAUCAACGCGCGAAGGACAACUGGCGCAACCGUUCCGAACUUGUGAGUGGUCCUGGAACUGUUCAUUGCGAGCGAUUAAGUCCGCUUCGAGAGAUGCGCGGUUACUGGAGCGACGUUGCGCUAUGAUUUAAAAUGGCCACGGGUUAAAUCGUGUAUCAUUAAUACUGCAGCGCGCGUUGCUUCCUCACCAGGCUUGAGCUGUUACUAAAGCAAGCGCUUUGCAAUUCUCAGACAAAUUGUCUGGUGGUUAAUUUGAAUAACAUUCUGCACUUUGUCUAACGGUGGAACCAUGAAAUAAAAUUAAAAAAACGUUGUGGAGCCA